UGCACCAGAGAGGUAGGGAUGUGCGAAUGACGCUGGUGGAAUUUAAAAAUCUGCUAGAGUGUGUUGUGCAGUUAUUUUGGUUUGAUCACACAUCACCCUUCCUCUUAUUUGCCUGCGCUCUGAGUUGGCGUAUCAGGCAGACUGCACACCCACUGCAGCUUCUUUUCUGAGCGCACAACCCUUUGGGGGCCUGCAGAGAGACUUCCACACACCUGCGUCGUCAGCUCAAUCGCUCUGCUUCUGCAUGCCAUCAUGCGUUGGAUUCUAGCUGGAUGCUGGGUGCUCGCACUGGUCAGCCUGUCAGUUGCCCUGCAGCUCAAACAGCGGCCCCGGGUCUACAGAACCAGAACCAACCGGCCUCUGAGCAUUUUCUGUCUAUUCAUGCAACAUGACAAGCCAAAAUCUGCUGAGGGGCUGAGGGCUUCUGCUCAGUGGUACAAGGCCAAUAAGUACAACGGGGACAAGGAAACGAUACCGGAGAGGGACAGAUACAAAUACGGAGAGCUCAAAGGCAUCAAAAAUGGCUUGCUUCACUUGUACGAUGUUGAAACAAAGGACAGCGGAGUGUACUUCUGUAAAGUGAAUGGAACAUUUGGACCUGGAACUGAGGUCCAGAUAUUCAAGUCAGUGGACCUUUACCAGGCGCUGUACAGGUCAAAGAUAAAGGAUGGUCUGAUGGUGCUCCAAGGCCUGCUGCUGGCCGUGUGCAUUGGUGUUGUUCUGCUGCGUAAAGACAAACUGUUUGAAAAGGAGGAGAGCAAUUAUGAAGAGCCUGAAAUCGACCACAUCUACGAGGGCCUGGCGAUCGAGACGUGUGAUGGAGGUUUGUAUGAGGACCUGGCCAUCUACGCUCAGGCCGAAGGAGCCGAGGCCCCGUGGGAAUGAGGACCCCUCUCCAGCUGGAAAAGUACCGCCACGUAACCUUGAUUUCUUUUUUUUUUAGUUUUAAUGUAAAAAAUAUAGAAAUGGGUUUUUUCUUCCAGCAAAGCUCAAGCACAGUUUGUAAAAUAUGUGCAAAAGCAAAGGCUUUUUCUUUAAGUGCUUCGAUAUCUGCUUCUGUUUGUGCUGAUUUUCUACAGUUUUGUAGCACUUAUGAAAGACAUUAUCCCACAACUCGACUUGACUUGACUACUGACGUACUGUUGUUAUCUUUGGUGCUUUGAGUGAUGUUUGUAUGAAUCAUGCUGCAUUAUUUUGUGAUUAUUUUCCUCUAAACGACUUAAAAUCUUCCUUAUUUUUUACUUGAGUUUUUCAGAACCAAACCCGCUGGUUCCUCUUGUUUUUUGACAUUUAAAAAAGAUGGUAUGUGUUUUGUGUAUCGAACAAUUAACAGAAUCCAGUGUGCUUGAGAAAGUUUUUUUUAAUCAUGAAGAUCUCGGUGAACAUUAUACUUUAAGAACACAUGGUAAG